GUGGCUUGAUUUCAAAUCUCCUUGGGGUACAGUUCAUUGGGAGCGUGGCUCUCUGGUCCUGACUGCUCAGUGGGGCCCAGCGUGUCAAAAGUCUGGUGAGAAAAAGAGAGCCAAGGCCCUCUUGGGUCCUUAUCUACAGCUACGGUCAUCCUGCCCACUCGUCUUUCCACAGGACCAGGUGACCCCAUAUGAAGACGAACACUAGGAGCCAGAUUCUGCAUGAUGCUGCAGAGCUGAGUGCCCAUGGCCCCACCUUUCCCCAUGGAGAAAGGACUCACUUUACCCCAGGACUUCCGGGACUUUCUGCACAGUCUGAGGAUGAGAAGCAAAUAUGCCCUCUUCCUUGCUUUUGUAGUGAUAGUUUUUGUCUUCAUCGAAAAGGAAAAUAAAAUCAUUUCCAGGGUCUCGGACAAGCUGAAGCAGAUCCCUCAAGCCCUAGUAGAUGCCAACAGCACCGACCCAGCCCUGGUCUUGACUGAGAACGCAUCCCUCUUGUCCCUGAGCGAGCUCAGCCCAGCCUUCGCCCAGCUGCAGAACCGCCUGCGAAACCUCAGUCUACAGCUGGGCGUGAAGCCAGCAGAGGAAGUCAAGGGGCAGGGGGAGGACACGGAGGAGGAGGCCCAGGCCCAGGCCCAGCCCCGGCGCCAUGUGCUUCUCAUGGCCACCACCCGCACCGGCUCCUCCUUCGUCGGGGAGUUCUUCAACCAGCAAGGCAACAUCUUCUACCUCUUUGAGCCGCUGUGGCACAUCGAGCGCACCGUGUCCUUCGAGCCCGGAGGCGCCAGCGCGGCGGGCUCAGCCCUGGUCUACCGCGACGUGCUUAAGCAGCUCUUCCUGUGCGACUUGUAUGUCCUGGAGCAUUUCAUCAGCCCCCUGCCCGAGGACCACUUGACCCAGUUCAUGUUCCGCCGGGGCUCCAGCCGCUCCCUGUGUGAGGACCCAGUCUGCACGCCCUUCGUCAAGAAGGUCUUCGAGAAGUACCACUGCAAGAACCGCCGCUGCGGCCCCCUCAACGUGACCCUGGCCGCCGAGGCCUGCCGCCGCAAGGAGCACAUGGCCCUCAAGGCCGUGCGCAUCCGGCAGCUGGAGUUCCUGCAGCCUCUGGCCGAGGACCCCCGCCUAGACCUGCGUGUCAUCCAGCUGGUGCGGGACCCCCGGGCCGUGCUGGCCUCCCGCAUGGUGGCCUUUGCAGGCAAGUACGAGACCUGGAAGAAGUGGCUGGCAGAGGGACAGGACCAGCUGAGAGAGGAGGAGGUGCAACGCCUGCGAGGCAACUGUGAGAGCAUCCGCCUGUCCGCGGAGCUGGGGCUGAGGCAGCCGGCCUGGCUGCGGGGCAGGUACAUGCUGGUGCGCUACGAGGACGUUGCCCGCAGGCCCCUGCAGAAGGCCCGGGAGAUGUACCACUUUGCAGGCAUCCCCCUGACCCCGCAGGUGGAGGACUGGAUCCAGAAGAACACGCAGGCGACCCAGGACAGCAGCGGCAUCUACUCCACACAGAAGAACUCCUCAGAGCAGUUUGAGAAGUGGCGCUUCAGCAUGCCCUUCAAGCUGGCACAGGUGGUGCAGGCCGCCUGCGGCCCUGCCAUGCGCCUCUUUGGCUACAAAUUGGCACGUGAUGCCGCUGCCCUCACCAACCGCUCUGUCAGCCUGCUGGAGGAGAGAGGCACGUUCUGGGUCACGUAAGGGGCCUGGGGCCACACGCACCCCUUCCUUGUGAAAGUCCUGCUCCGCCUCCCUUCCACCAGGCGUGGGGUGAACCAGUGGCGUUUGCAGAGGGCAGGCGGGGAGCCCUGCUUAAGCCGGCAGCCCCCCGCUAUAGCAAUAGGCCCCUAGCCAGCUCGCUUUCCCAGCUGUGGGCCUGGAGGUAUUUUUUGCUGAGAACAGGACAGUGCUUGUUCCCUUGAGGACUGUCAAACCCAGGCCUAAGGGGCUUCAACUGUCUGAGCAGCCCCAGGAAAACCCAGGACUUCCAGUUGAUAAGCCUGCCUCUCUCUCUCUCUCUCUCUCUCUCUCUCUCUCUCUCACACACACACACAAUCACAGAUACAUACACAGAAAUAUAAACACGAGACACAAAUACAUGUCUGUAGACCCCCUCGACGAGAAUAAAAAUAUUUUUCAAUCAGAAGGGGUUGUGGGCACUGGCCAGCCUCAGUCGACCUCCUGCUGUGCUCAGUAUUAACUUUGCAGUUUCUGAAUUUCUUUGCAAUCCCAUCUGGAAUCCGGAUGAAUCCCUGGGAAGGGGCCAGGACAGCUCACGAUGGCAGGAGAUAGCAGCCGGGGCUUGUCAGGAGGCAGCAGCUGUUUACCGGCCAAAAAUGACUAGGUAUUUUGAUAAAUGGGAUAGCUGAUAACUGACAAAAUCAACCUGUGUACAGCUACCACAAAUACACAUAAACACGUGCGCACCACCCACAUGGGGAGACAGAACCAGGUGAAAACAAAUACAUACACGCAUAGACACAGCUACACUUCUUGAUGCUUUCUGACCGCAGGGUUUAUCUCUUAUCUCAUGUCUGAAGAGGAGCCUUUAAUUACAUUUUUAGAAUUAUUUGGAGGUGGAGGAAGGAAACAUGAUCAUAGGCCGUGACCCCAUUCCCUGGCCAGGUUGGGGACUUUAGAAAUUGGAUACAGAACUGCCAAUUUUGCAGCCUCAGCCACCUUGGAUUCUCGUGGCUACCUCCUGCGGCCCAUCCAUAGCCUCAGUAGGUACCAGUGUGGGCAGGAGGCACUACAAGGGCGUGGCCACUCGGCUGGCUCCCUCAGAGCGUGUCCCUCCUUGAAGGCUACCUCAGGCCGGAGAGGCAGAAGCAGCAGUGGCCCUGGAGGCAAAGGGUAGCUCCCAGGUGCUGCCCUCAGCUGGGGCAGCAGGCAGAGAAAGUACAGAGUGCUGUAGGGGAAGAAGUCACAUCAGGAUACCCCAGCUCUUGAGAAAUGGGGGACAGAGGUCAGCCUUGUUAAUUGUUCCCAUAGUUCUGUGGUCAGUGUCUGGAAUUCCUCCUUUAGGGCUCUUCAAAGAAUGUUGCUUAUCCUGAGAGGGGCUGGGUGUUUACUUGUAUUUUUUUUUUAAGUUAUUUAUGGUUUGGAGUCUUGUUUUAUGGUUGUAUUUUUUGUUUUGUUUCUGCAGUUGUGCCACUUAUAAAGCAGUCAGGCCUGAGGGGCUGGGGGAGGCAGAAGAGGGGGAAGAGAGGGAAGCAACAAGGAGGAUUCUGGCUCCUCUGAGUGGGAGGAGGAGUGUUCCCCUAGAGGGUUAGAGCCUAGGUGGCCCUCAGUGCCCCACAGGCUUUUCCGUUUGAACCCCAUGUGGAACAAAUCUCAGAAACCACCAGUGUUCUUUGCUGAGUACUCAGAAGUGGUAUAAAUUAGCAGCCCUCACCUCCUUCCUGAGAGGAGGCCAGAUUUUAAAAUCUCUCCCAGGCCCUACCACAUUUCUGGGGUGUCAAGGGCCUGUGACCACGGAGCAGAAGUCCCUAAAGAGGAAGCCUCUCCCUACUCCUACUCCAAACCCAGGCGAGAACUCAGAGCCGCCUCAAACUGGCAGGGGCUGUAAUAGUUCACUGAACGCUGUUCCUGAUUUCCAGAACAACCUCUGUUAGACCCAGAGGGCUGGGUUUUAGUUUGAGUAUAACAAACACCAGGGGAUGACAGGACCCGAGGCCAGAUGAUGUUGCUAGGGACCAGUGUGUGCCGGUCAGAAGCAGCUGUCUGUAAAGGUGAGGACGGCAGCCAUCUGUGGAACCUUUUAUGAUCCCUUUACUUCAGCUUCUGGGUCUCCAUCACCGUGGACUGCAGCCAUUCACUGCUUGAGAUUUUCUAGUACAAGAGGUGGUAUAGGGAGUUGGCUCUAAUUUGGGGUCCAAAAGGACUCCAACUCUGAAAACUUGACCCAGGAGCAGAGUGUGGGGCCAGGAUGUUUCUGGCAGGUCCAGCAAUGCCCCCUCCCUCGUUCCUCAGCCGGGAGAGGGACAGACACCUCCAUCUGGAGCUCUUCCCUGGGCCUUCCUAGAGCAGGCAACAGAGCUCUUCCCUCCGUGCCUCCGAGGCCGAGGCCACCUCUCCUCAGGACUGAGGAUGGUACGGAGAAUGGACCUUUGGGACUUCUCAGGACAUUGACAAUUUGUAUACUGCAGUUUGACUUAACUUAUUUAUUUUAUGGAAAAGAAGAGAUGGAAAAUACCUUAUUGUUCACAGAGUCUCCACGCUGUACCCAAAUCAAAAGAGGCAAAAGAACAAUAAUCCACUCAUUCACGCCAUGCACACAAGGACACGCAAAGCCGGUUCACAAUACAGAGGAGACUGGCCCACGAGCGCACAAGUCACAGUGGCCCCAGGAUACUGUUUAAGAAGAUCCCUUGAUUUCUCUGGUUGGUGUGAAAAUGUGACCGCAAGGCCAUUUCUGCUGUGUGACUGGCCCUUGUCGCUAAAACGGGACACAGCUCAAAUCAGUAUUGCCCUGGAGCUCAACAGUGCUCUCAGAAUUCUCGAGGUUUUAGAAGGUGACUACUGUCUUUACACUCCUGAGGGCUGGCUGGAGUCCUGCUUUUGGGGUGCUCGACAUGGACCCGCAACGGGGAAGAUGGUCAGGCCGGGGGCUGUGCCUCCUUACCCAGCAAAGCCGGCGGUCACCUGUGCUCCUGGCAGCUCUCCCUCCACAGAGCCACCUGCCCGGGACAGGCAGAGCAGUUGAGGUCUCACCGCCGCUGGCCACAAGCUUCCCUGAACAAGAGGCCCUUUCAGUAAUGAGCACUUACUCAUUUUCCUUUUCUUGAUGAAGACAUCUUUAGCCCAGCCUUUAUAAACAGUACCAAAUAUUCCAGCCUUGGUGAGACCGGGCAGUGUCUAACACCCACAGGCUGCCGCCGCCACAGCCCGUUCCUGCCUUCUUUGGACCUUCUUUGUAAACCUUGGAUGGAAGAGGGCGGUAGAGGUAGGGGUGGGGCGGAUGUGGGUCUGUGGGAGCAGUCAUUUGGUGGGGGUGGGGCGGGCAGGAUUCCUAAAUCUCCACACAGGGGAAAAAAGCACCAAUGUGCAGCUCUGUUGCACAGCCCCUGCAGGUUGCCUCCCCAGAGUUACUGCUGAGAUAGCGAGACAAGCAGAUUCAGCCUUUGCCCCUGUCUGUGAUCACACAUUAUAUAGGCACAUACGUGUAAAUUAACAGGGAAAAAAUCUUUUUAAUGAAGUGUUUCCUCCCUGGGCCAGCACCCCCAGCCUGGGUGGUGUCACAGGGCAAACUGCUGGCUGAACCCCCCCAGAGCAGAGGGUAAUUACCCAGCCUGUUGCAGUGGCAACUUUGCCUCGCUCCCCUGUCGUCUGUUCAUGAUGGAAUGAGCUCUAGCAGGCCGUCAGGGAACCUGUCCCAGGAGACGAACACUUGGCCUGGACGCAGACAGGAGAGCAGCAUCGGAUGGUCCGGUCCAGACCCUGAGGUCUCCUCCCACACUAGGGCCUGAUUGAUUUGACUACAGGGCCUGAUCCUUGAUGGCUCUGGAUUAUGAAGGACAGGAGCAGAAGAACAGCUGUCCCAAAGGCAGUCCCAUUCCACUCCCACCCUAAGGCUGAAAGCUAAGGCGGGUCUCAGGGGACAGUUUCCUAAAGCAGGGAGAGAAGGGGGUGGUAUGGGGAAAAUGAAACCUGCAGAAACCCAGGGGGUUGUCAGUCUGUAAAAACUGAAAGGGAGCAUCUGAUACCUAGGGGUCCCCAGUUGGUGGGUCUGCUUGUGAAGGCUGCUGGGAUGUGGUCCAGCUAGCCUCUCAACGGCCUACAGUUUCAGGUCUAGUGGAGGCUGCUCAUUACCUCAAAAGGAGGAGGCAGAAUUAGCACCUUCAGAAUCUUAAGAACUUUAAGAUCUUGUGUCCUUUGUCAUCCCCGCUGCUGCAUGCGAGAGGAAUUUGCUCUGUGCCUCCGAGGAUAUUCAGGUGGGCCUCACACCGUAGGCCAGCUACUUUACUUGGGUGAUAAAAUGGCCCGUGUAUCCUGCUUCCACCCACAGCAGACUUGACCUGUCACUCCUUUCCCAUCUUGCCUUCAUGUUCCAGGGCAAGUUCGCCUGGGUCCCUGCUCCCACCUCGAUCCUGCGAGCUGUCUUUCCGCAAAGACCUUGGGUCUGUGUGAUGUUUCAUGACCACCUGGUACAGGACUCUCAAUGACCAUAUGUGGCCUUGGUGUGUACCUAUGUGUCCAUACCUGUUGGUGUAGUUCAUUCUGCUCAGCCACGUUGCUCCUAAUGCCCUUGCUGUCAAUGUCCAGACGCCCAUGCCAUGGCCACAGUCUGCCAUCUCUUGGAAAUCCAGGGAUGCCCUCCAGAGAGCUGGUGGUCACCGCCUGUCGGGGUCUGCUUUGUGGAACAGAAUGUGAACCCAUCACCUGAUGGCUUACUUGACUUAUUUAAUUAAAAGUGAAACUAUGCAAUGAGCAAUCUCCGAAGUGUGUCGCUUUUCAUUUG